UGAGGAACGGAUAAGAAAGAGAGAACAGCAGCAGGCUGCAGCGGUCAGCAGAUAAAAGAAGCCAACUGUCCGACUUCUCCACUUUGGUUUUCUUUUUCUUCGCCAUUCCUCUCCUCUUUUAUCUCCAACCUUUUACACAGAAACUGAGAGAUUAAGAUGGCUGCUGCCACGCAUUGCAUCUCUUCUUGUUGGGGACUGCAGCACAUAUUCAAAACCCUUUCCCUCUCAAAUCCAACCACCACUGCUCUUAAGCCGCUCAGCUUCUCUGCCAACACUUCUCUCAGCCUCUUUUCCCAAGGGGCUGUAACUAUGAGUCCUGUGCAAAGGGUGCCUCGGCAUUCCAUUGUGUGUGAAGCUGCGCCAAUGAAGAAGGCUGAUUCAGCUGCCAAAAGGGCUCGUCAGGCUGAGAAAAGGCGAAUUUAUAACAAAGCCCGCAAAUCUGAAAUUAGAACUCGCAUGAAAAAGGUUUUGGACGAAUUAGAAGUACUCCGAAAGAAACCUGAUGCACAACCUGACGAAGUUCAACCAAUUGAAGCACUGAUUGCAGAGGCAUACUCAGUCAUUGAUAAAGCAGUCAAGGUAGGAACACUUCACAGAAAUACCGGGGCAAGGAGAAAAUCCAGGCUUGCAAGAAGGAAAAAAGCAGUUGAAGUCCAUCAUGGAUGGUACACUCCUGCUCCAGUUCCCACAGCAUGAUAUAAUCAUCUCAAAUUUGGUGUCAAGUGGAGAGCUAGAUUAGCAUCCUUUGCAGAGAUUUUCUUCCCAUUACCCAUGGACGAUACCAAUCCUGUUUCUGUUUUAGCAGUUGUAUAUUUCCUUGUAACUUAGGCCUACUUCUCAUGCCUUCUCAACCUCGUCAUUAUUAUGCUUCAAUCGAUCAGAAAGUCAUGUUACACAACAACAUCAUACAAGCAAAUGCUUGCAUUUUCUAAUUCGAAAAUUUGGUGGCGUAUGCUAUCCUCCUCAAGUUGUUCCAACCAA